AUGGACACUAAACGACCCAUUAUACUACCGCAAAACCAUAGAGUAACGUUUCUGAUUGUGGAGUACUAUCACAGGAAGAAUUACCAUUUGCACAAUGAAAUUGUCGUUAACGAGGUACGACAGCGGUACUGGAUAACCGGCUUACGCGCUUUAGUGAGAAAAGUUGCGAACGCCUGUGUAGCGUGCCGUAUACGAGUGGCCCGACCAGUGCCACCAAAGAUGGGCGAUUUACCAAAGGAGAGGUUAUCGCCGCACACACAACCAUUCACCUUUACUGGAGUGGACUGCUUCGGCCCAUUUGAAGUCGCAGUGGGCCGCAGGCACGAGAAGAGAUGGGGCGUGUUAUUCACAUGCCUUACGACCCGAGCGGUACACCUAGAAAUUGCUGUAACACUGUCAACUGACUCAUUCCUCUGCGUAUUGAAGGCGUUUGUAGCCAGAAGAGGGGUGCCGCGCUGCAUACUAUCGGACAAUGGUACAAAUUUUAGAGGAGCCAGCCGCGUAUUGAAGGAGCACAUAGAACGGAUAUCAACUUCAGCUGUGGAGCAGCAGUAUCCAACGUUGGAGUUCAAGUUUAACCCUUUCAGUUCACCGCACAUGGGCGGCGUUUGGGAGCGACUGGUACGUUCUACUAAAUCUAUACUUUCAGAAAUACUGCCAAAGGCCGGCCUGAAGGAAGAGGUGUUAAGAGGAGCGUUUGCUGACGUUGAGCAAAUUUUAAAUUCAAGGCCUCUGACCUAUGUGUCUUUAGAAAGCGCCGAAUCGGAAGCAUUAACGCCGAACAAUUUUCUAAAAAGCAGUUCUAAUGGCCUACGUGAGAGCGGUUUACUGGAACAGUCUGGUCCGCAACUUGCUAAAGAGUAUCGUGUUGCCAGCCAAAUUGCCGACCGUUUCUGGAAGAGGUGGCUAAGAGAGUAUCUACCUACAAUCACAAGGCGCACGAAAUGGUUCCAACCACAGCUCAAGCCGAUAGCAGUAGGUGACGUGGUAAUAAUUGUAGACGAUGCCGCUAAACGUAAUACGUGGCCAAAGGUAAGAGUGAUCGACGUUCAUCGUGGGAAAGACGGACAGGUGCGAAGCGCAGUCGUUCGCACAGUAGAUGGACUUGUGACGCGACCAACAGUGAAGCUGGCCGUACUGAAUUUGGAGAGUAAUCCCCCGCACGAAGACGCUGGUGAAUUACGGGGUGGGGAAUGUUGCGGUGCAGGCUUAAUUGCCGCCCCGCGCCAGUAG